UCAUGUUAUUGUCUUCCAAAGAUAUCACAAACCCUCCAAAAUAACCAUCAUCUUGCACUCAUUUUGCCUCACAAUCAUUCUUUUUUUUUUACCUCAUCCGCAUGAUCCCCCCUCUCUCUCUCUAUGUGUAUAUAUAUACUUACUCUCCUGUACAAAUCUAUCACACCUCAAUUUCACACACUACUCACACAACUCUUCUUCCAAGUUCAAACCAUCAUCGAAGGAAAAAUUUAUUCGACCGAAUGGCGGUCUCCGGGUUCGAAGGCUUCGAGAAGAGAGUCGAGCUCCGGUUCUCCGGCGAUGAUCCAACCGCCGGAGAAAAGGGGCUCCGGCGGAUUGACUUCUCUAAAAUAGAGAAAGUAUUGCAUGCGGUGCAGUGCACCGUGGUCUCGGCGGUGGGCAACACGCGCUUCGACGCGUACGUGUUGUCUGAGUCGAGCCUCUUCGUGUACCCCACCAAGAUCAUCAUCAAGACAUGUGGGACCACCCAGCUCCUCAAAUCCAUCCGUCCGUUGGCGGACCACGCCGCUACCGUGGGCCUCACCUUGUGCGGGUGCAGGUACACCCGCGGCAGCUUCAUCUUCCCCCACGCGCAGCCUCACCCGCACACCUCCUUCAAUGAAGAGAUUCUCUUCCUCGAACAGAAUCUCCCCAAGAAUCUCUCUAUCAAAAAGGCGGCGGUCCUCAAAUCCAAAUCCAAAUCUUCCCACAAAUGGCACGUGUUCACCGCGUGCGACUCCGCUGCGGUGGACGCGCGCGCAGGGGAUUACGCCUCCGGUUUAUUCACGGUCGAGAUUUGCAUGACCGAGCUGGACCGGGUUCUGGCCAGGAACUUUUUCCGCCGGUUCAAGGAUGGGAAAACCGGCGACUCGGCCGGUUCGGAGAUGACCGAUGUGACCGGUUUAAGGAGCGUGAACCGGCACGCGCUCGUCUGCGACUACGCCUUCGACCCCUGCGGCUACUCGAUGAACGGGGUCGACGGGCCCCGCUACUCCACGGUCCACGUGACGCCCGAGGACGGGUUCAGCUACGCCAGCUUUGAGUCGGUCUACGUGGACCGGGAUGAGUUUAUCGAGGCGCUGCAGAAGGUGGUCAAGGUCUUCCGCCCGGCCGCGCUAUCCGUCUCGACCACGUGCGCCGCGGCCGGGCGGGAGGUCUGGAGGGGCGUGGCGAAGGCCCUCGAGCCGCUGGGGCUGAGGGUCCGGAGCCGCGCGGCCGACGAGUUCCCGGACGCUGGGACCGUCGUUUUCCAGACGUUCGCGGCUCGUCGGAAGUAGGUGGAAUUCUUUUUUGUUUUUAUUUUUUUUACUCUUUUUUUUUGUUAGGGGGAUAUGAAUAUUGAUAAUGCAUGCUAAUUGAUGUCAUUGCAUGGGUGAUGAGAUCUCAAAUGUGGGGUUGACUUUGUCUAGAAGAGAAAAAAAAAAUAGUGAUAUAAUGAAGGAUGAUGUGGGAAUGUGGUUGUAGAUGGUAUUGGGUUCAUCAUAAUAUUGCACCCCACUUGAAUAUGGCACGCCUAGAACAAUUUUUGAGAUAUCAUGAAGUACUCAUAUUUAUCAGAGUUAGUGGGGUUGGUUGGGGGAUCUAUGGAAAGUGCUCUAAAUAUAUGUAAUUUUUUCCAUGUUUAUAUGAACUUUCUAUACCAUCUCUUUCUCAAAUGUUUUUCA